AUGAAGAAGUGUACUCGAUCGAAUGAAAACUCAACUAAAGAAUCUGUGGACUUACGUGAGUUGAUGCAGAAAUUAAUAGUAGAUGUGGGAGCUUUGUCUGGGGAAGUUUCCAAUCUGAAAUAUCUGGAUCAAACAGUCCACGAACUGAAGGAACAACUAUCCAAUUCUAGAAAUCUUCAUAAGGACAAAUCGCCAUUGCAAAAUAAAUGUGAACCAUUUCAAUUCUUUGCCAUAGAGAAGGUUGAUGCUGAGGAAAAGGUGGAAGUAGCUACUAUGCACUUGGAAGGUGAAGCUAUUCAAUGGCAUCUGUCAUUUAUGAGGUAUAAACAAUACCUCCAACCAGCUACUUGGAAUGAGUAUGUGAUAGCAUUAGUUGAGAGGUUUGGAGUUGAUUUCGAUGAUUUAAUGAAAGAAAUCAAAAAGAUUAAACAGACUGUAAGUGUAAAGGAAUACCAAGCCAUCUUUGAAAGGAAUCUGAAUAGGGUGAGACGAUAUCAAGACCCUGAAUUGGUCAAGCAUUUAGGGUGUACAGUCAAGUCUACAAAUCCCCAAUUAGUAGCUGCUACUAAUGAAAACAUGAUGGUAGAUAAGGUAUGCACAAUUACAUGGUUGCUGCAGGGUACUGAAUUCUCAACAGAGUUUUUACUGCUACCUUUAGGCUCUUGUAGGGUGGUGCUAGAAGUACAAUGGCUACUAACACUUGGGGACAUUAAGAAGAAUUUUAUGAGGUUGACUAUGGAGUUUUGGUACAAAGGAAGGAAACACUUUCUCAGGGGUGCUGGUAGUCAAGUAAAAGUUCAAGGAGCUGAUAAAUUAGUCAAACAUGCAGGGGAUCUGUCUCAACUAUGCAUGAUACAUGUGGUACCUUUGGGGAGUGCAGGAGAGCAAUGGCAUGCCAUUAAAGUUGAGGAAGAGCCUAAGACAAAUGCCCGACUAGUACAAUUACUAGUUGAGUACUCUAGAUUAUUUGAAGCUCUAAGGCAAAUGCUAGACCAAGGAAUCAUUCAGCCCAGCUGCAGUCCUUUUGCUUCACCAAUGGUUUUAGUAGGUAAGAAGGAUGGCUCAUGGAGGCUUUGUGUCAGCUAUAGGAACUUGAAUAAAUACACUUUGAAAAACAAGUUUACUAUUCCCCCCAUUGUAGAAGAUUUGCUAGAUGAACUAGGAGGUUCUAAGAUCUUCUCUAAAAUAGACCUGAGUUCUGGUUAUCAUCAACUCAGAAUGGCCAAGGAAGAUGUGCCUAAAAUUGCAUUCAGAACUCAUUCUGGACAUUUUGAAUAUCUGGUAAUGCCAUUUGGUCUGUCCAAUGCUCCUGCAAUAUUUCAAGGAUUGAUGAACUUUAUUUUCCAGAAGUUUCUCAUAAAAUAUGUGUUGGUCUUCUUUGAUGAUAUCUUCAUUUACAGUAGCACUAUAGAGGAUCACUUAAUUCAUUUGAGGUCUGUUUUUGUGGAGAUGAGUAAACAUCAGUUCUUUGCUAAAAAGAGCAAAUGUUUCUCUGGGGUUCAAAGGAUUGAGUACUUAGGAUAUUUAAUCACAACUAAUGGGCUUAGAGGAUUUCUGGGCCUAACUGGUUAUUACAGAAGAUUUAUUAAAGGUUUUGGAGUGAUUUGCAAACCUCUAACUGAUCUCACUAAGAAUGAUGUUUUCAAAUUGUCAACUUCAGCAGAUGCAACAUUUGUAGCUUUGAAAAAAGCACUCACCCAAGCUCCUAUUCUAGCUCUACCAGAUACUAGCAAAACCUUCAUUAUGGAAACUAAUGCAGUGGCUAUGGCAUUGGAGAAGGACUCAUGCAUGAAGGGCAUCCAAUAG